AUGGACGAAAAACAACAUUUCAAAUCAACUGCUAGUGGGUCGUCUGCAUCAUCUACUGCAAAUAAAUCUAAGAAACCAGAAACAACAGUAGCAGCAUCAGUAUCAACAGCAACGAUGGGCAGAAGUGCUGCACUUCCUCAAUCUGCUCGUCGGAUUAUACAAAAUUUUCUUCUCGUCUGGUUGGAUGCAAAUAUUGAUGAGACGAAAGAAGACUUCAAAAACUCAUUACAACAUCUUCGAAAAAUUGUGGCAUCCAUUACAACAUUCACGGAUGCUCAAGAAUGUUUUGAUUAUCUUAGUGGUAUUACAAAGGAGAAGGCAUUUAUGAUCGUGUCGGGUUCACUUGGACAAAAAAUAGCACCAGAAAUGGAAGCCAUGUCACUAUUAGAAUCGAUGUAUGUUUUUUGUAGUAAUCAAUCUUAUCAUGAACAAUGGGCAAAUAAAGUAUCGAAGAUUAAAGGCGUAUACACAAAGAUCAAACCAAUUUGUAAAGCCCUAGAAAUUGAUCGACAACGAUGUGAUCAAGCUAUGCUUUCAAUCAGUUUCAAUACAAUUGAUCCAUUAUUUAUGUAUACACAAUUGUUAAAACAAACACUUUUAGAAAUCGAAGAUGAUGAUAGAAAAUCUAUUAAAAAACUUGUUGCAUAUUGUCGUGAACAAGAAGAUAUAUCUGAAGAUCAAAUUAUACUAAUCGAACGUGAAUAUCGUAAACAUACACCAAUUUGGUGGUAUACAGCCGAAACAUUUAUUUAUUCUAUGCUUAAUCGUGGACUUCGACUUAUGGAUAUUGAUAUUAUACUCAACAUGGGCUUUUUUAUUCGUCGUUUACAUCAAGACAUUCAAAAUUUAUAUCAUAAGCAACAAUCUGAGAACAUAAACACAGCUACUCCGUUCAAAGUUUAUCGUGGUCAAGGUUUAGCGUUAGAAGACUUUGAAAAAAUGAUAAAAAGCAAAGGUCAAUUAAUGUCUUUCAAUAAUUUUCUAUCAACAAAUCUCAAUAAAUAUAUUUCCUUUCAAAAAUUUGCACGACCAGCAGCUCUUAAUAAUCCCAAUAAAGUUGGCAUCCUCUUCAUUAUGACUAUUGAUCCUAAUGUAUGUACAAAAUCAAAAAUUCCAUUUGCUGAUGUUAGUCAAGUUAGCUUUUUCGAAGGCCAAGAAGCCGAAAUUCUUUUUACAACACAUACAAUUUUUCGAAUCGAUAAAAUUCAACAAAUUCAUGACGAUCAUACUGAUCGUCUAUGGAAAGUUAAUCUUACCCUUGUGGGUAAUGAUAAUCAUGAAUUAAACACACUUACAGCACACGUACGCGAAGAGAUCAACUUGAAAGCACCAGUGCGAGGAUUGUCUCAACUAGCUUUCAUACUUCUUAAAGUGGGUGAGCCUGCAAAAGCUGAAAAACUCUACAACAUACUUCUCCAAAAGGCAUCUUCUGAUAAAGAGAGAGCAGACUACAAUCAUAAACUUGGUUUCGCAUAUGAUGAUAUGGGCGAGUACCCGAAAGCACUUUCAUUGUAUGAACGAUCACUUGAGAUUCGAAAAAUAGCUCUCCCCCCAAAUCAUCCCGACUUAGCUACUGACUACAACAACAUCGGCUUGGUGUAUAAUGACAUGGGCGAGUACUCGAAAGCACUUUCAUCGUAUGAACGAUCACUUGAAAUCCAAAAAAUAGCUCUCCCUCUCAAUCAUCCUGACUUGGCUACUUCCUACAACAACAUCGGUAUGGUGUAUAAUAACAUGGGCGAGUACUCGAAAGCACUUUCAUUUCUGCAAAAAGGACUCGAGAUACGACAGAAAUCACUGCCCCCAAAUCAUCUGGAUAUUGCACAGUCGAAAAGAAACGUUGACAUUGUAAAAAAGAAGAUGUAA